ACGAGUGACGGUGGAGAAGGUGAGAAAUGGUUCCUGCUUUCGGACGGAUGUAACUCCGCGUUUCUGCAGGUCUCUGAUAAUGGCAGAGGCACCAGAACUCUUCUCAGAACAGGAACUGACCUGCUCCAUCUGUUUGGACCUGUUCACUGAUCCAGUUUCUACCCCCUGUGGACACAACUUUUGUCAGGCGUGUAUCGGUGGCUACUGGGCCUCCAGCUCGGUCUGCACCUGUCCUCUCUGUAAACGGCAGUUUGACGAACGUCCGCAGCUCAGUAUCAACAAAGUCUUUGCUCUCAUAGCGGAUAAAUUCAAACAGACCCGUUAUGGAGCCACUGGGCUUUCAGCGCCGGUCGGGAAUGGGGCGCUGGACUCCAUGGACGACGGCAGGAGUACCAACCCGUUCCUGUCGCCGCCCCAGGCGGCGGCGGCAGCUCCAGAGAAUGUGGUGUGGUGUGACGUCUGCUCCGGCGUCAAACGGCCAGCCGUCAGCUCCUGCCUCACCUGCACCGCCUCCUACUGCAAUGAGCAUCUGCAGCCCCACUACAACACUCCCUUCUACGCCAAACACCCUCUGAUGGACCCCAUGGAGGCCCUCAGGGGCCGCACCUGUUCCAUACACCGACGCUUGAUGGAGGUCUUCUGUAAGACAUGUCAGCGCUGCAUCUGCGCCAUUUGUGUCCUUGAGGAACAUCGGACUCACAAGACCGUCUCCGUCCAGACCGAGAGACUUGGAAAACAGAAACUGGUGGCGAGGACAGAGCAGGAGAUCCUGAACCGCAUCAAGGAGAAGGAGAUCCGUUUGGGUGACCUGAAGAGGAAGCUGGAAGGCGUGCAGAACUACGCCGACAAAGAACGAGGCGAUGUCGAACACCUUCUGGACGAAGUGUCGGCCUCACUGGACAGAAUCCGGACUCAAGUGGUGGGUGGGAUCCAGAGCCAGCUGGAGGGUGUGAUGUCGAAGGGGGAAGGGCUGGUGAACCGUCUGGAGGCGGAGCUUAGCCAGCUGAAGGACAGAAGAGCCACGCUUGAGGUUCAGGCCAUCAGUCAGGACCACAUCAGUUUCCUGCAGAGCUUUGAGGAGGCCAUGGCUCCUCUGGAGGAUGAAAAGCAGGACAACGCUGAAGAAGACUCUGACUUUUCCCUUCACUUCCAGCUGGAUGACAUAAAGACCAACCUGUCAGAUGUGAAGAUCAGGGUAGAUGAAAUUUGGAUGGGGGAGCUCCGUCCAAGAGCCUCCAGAGGUUCAAGAGGCUCCAGAGAUUCCAGAGACUCCUUUCCAGCGGGAGAACUGAUGGCAGCGGAGAGCAUGAUGAGUCUGAGAGGAAGCAGAGGGACCCUGAGGAUGAGUCAGCUGUCUUUGAAAGAUAUUAAGAAGAGCAAACAUGUUACAGGACUCAAGAAAGCCCGGGCCUACAUAGAGGAUGUGACGCUGAAUCCAGUGACGGCGUACCCCUUCCUGAUCCUGUCAGAAGACAGGAAGCAGGUCAAGAGAGGAGAGAAGCUGCAGUUUUUCCGAAACAGCCAGCAGAGAUUUGACGUCUGGUCUUGCGUCAUCGCCAAGGAAGGAUUCAGCUCUGGACGUCACUACUGGGAGGUUUCUGUUGGAGAGAACAAGGAUUGGAAACUGGGUGUGGUGAGUGAGUCAGCCCAGAAGAAAGGCCUGUUUGACAUGAGUCCCACCAACGGUUACUACGCCAUCUGGUGGAGCGGCAACCAGCUGAGAGCGCUGACUGCUCCACCUCUCACCAAGGUGAAAGGUCACCAUACGAAACUGCGACAGGUGGGCGUCUUCCUGGAUGUGGAGGAGGGUCAGGUCUCCUUCUUCAACGUGAAGUCAAACUCAGAGAUUUACAGCUUCAACACCAACACAGAGUUCACUGAGAGGAUGUUCCCUCUGUUCGGCACCGGCGACAAAGAGGUCCCUCUGAUCCUGGCCACCACCCAGUAGCAACCCGCCUGACGGGAACCACCGCCACCAGGUCCCGGACUAGAAUCGGCUCAAACCCAGACUUUUGGGAGGAGAAAGGAGGCGAUGUGGUUCUCCUGCAGAACAUGGAAGCUUACAGCGGGGACGCCACAGAUGAGCCACAGGAUCCACGGUUCCAUGCUGCAGGGGAGCCAUCGCCUCCUUUUACCACGAUGAUGAUGUAAAGAGAAGUACUUCCUGGAUCGGAUCACUUCCAUGAAACUGGUUUAC